AUGGUUGAGCAAGGCAAAAGGUCAACUACCACACCUUCAGAUACUCCUGAGCCAGCUUAUGUGUCUCUUCCUCCUAAACCUCCACCGAUACCAUUCUCAUCACACCUGAGGAAGCACAAUCAAGACAAUCAAUUUUCCAAAUUCGCGGAAAUACUGAAGAAAUUCGAGGUAACUAUGCCAUUCACUGAAGCUAUUUUACAGAUUCUAUCGUAUACGAAGUUUUUGAAGGACAUCCUGACUAAGAAGAGGGUCACUGAGAAAGAGACCGUUGCACUCACUGUCGAAUGCAACACUUUGAUCCAACAUGAGCUACCGCCUAAGCGGUCUGAUCUAGGUAGUUUCUCGAUCCCUUGUACAUUGGGUAAUGUUUCCAUCAAUCGUGCGCUUUGUGAUUUAGGAGCAAGUAUCAGUCUUCUUCAACUAUCCAUCUUCAAGAAGCUGAAUGUAGGCGAGUUCAAACCUACUAGAAUGGCUCUCCAAUUAGCCGAUCAUUCUGUUAAAUACCCUGGUGGAAUACUUGAGGAUGUACCACUAAAAGUAGGAAACUUUUAUAUCCUGGUUGAUUUCGUGGUUCUUGACAUGGACGAAGAUUCUAAGGUACCCAUCAUUCUUGGUCGUCCGUUCCCUAACACUGCAGAUGUUGUUAUCCAAUAG